UUAAUGGUUGCACCGAGCUAAAAUACAAGCUCGAGCCGGCUCAGUACCUAAGCUCAGUGGUCAAAUUAGGCAACAAACCUUUGGAUUUCGGCCCGCCAAUUUCAAACGACGCAAUAUAUAUAGCUGUAGCCGUUUUCUCUUUUGGGCCUAGCGGUGAGCUAAAACUUCACUCUUCGUCGGCGGCGAACUUGCUUCUCUCCGUCUCCCUUUUCUCCGGCGAAAUCUAUUCCUAGAUAGUUGGAGCCAACAAUAGAAGCAGCUCUCAUAUGGCUUAUGGAGGCACAAAUGUCAAUCCAUUGGCAGCAACAGGUGUUUCAACAUCUGUGAGACAGGUGAAGCUGGAUAAAGAAUGUGAGCUCCGAAUUGAAACCAGCCUUGACUCGCCCCUCCGUCUCCGACUCCUCACUGGAACAGCUGAGAUUUUUGGGACUGAAAUCCCUCCUGAGAUCUGGCUUACCAUCCCUCCAAGACUCAAAUUUGCUGUUUUUACUUGGUAUGGAGCGACAAUCGAGAUGGAUGGUCCCACUGAAACUGAUUAUACAGCAGAUGAGACGCCGAUGAUAAGUUAUAUAAAUGUUCAUGCUGUACUUGAUGGACGAAGAAAUCGUGCCAAAGCUUCACCUAGUGAUUCUGACACUUCUCAGGGCCCGAGGGUAGUCGUUGUGGGACCUACAGAUUCUGGCAAGAGUACUUUAUCAAGGAUGCUUCUUAGUUGGGCAGCAAAACAGGGAUGGAAACCUACUUUUGUGGAUUUGGACAUUGGUCAAGGAUCGAUAACUAUUCCAGGAUGUGUUGCUGCUACGCCAAUUGAGUUGCCUAUUGAUCCAGUUGAAGGAAUUCCACUUGAAAUGCCUAUGGUCUACUUCUUUGGUCAUGUGACUCCUAGUGCCAACAUAGAUCACUACAAGGUACUCGUCAAGGAGCUAGCUCAGACUCUGGAGAGGCAAUUUUCUGGCAAUGCUGAAUCUCGAGCUUCAGGCAUGGUAAUAAAUACAAUGGGAUGGAUAGAGGGAGUUGGUUAUGAGUUGCUACUCCAUGCGAUUGAUACAUUCAAUGCCACAGUUAUUCUUGUCUUGGGUCAGGAAAAACUUUGUAGCAUGCUAAAAGAUGUAUUGAAGAAUCGGCCUAAUGUGGAUGUGGUGAAACUUCAAAAGUCUGGUGGUGUUGUAUCAAGGAAUGCAAAAGUACGCCAGAAAGCAAGGGGCUACAGAAUAAGGGAGUACUUUUAUGGCCCUUCAAAUGACCUCUCACCACAUUCUAAUGUAGUAAACUUCGGUGACUUGUUCAUCUACCGAAUUGGGGGUGGACCACAGGCUCCACGCUCAGCUUUACCUAUUGGUGCAGAGCCUGCUGCAGAUCCUACAAGAUUGGUUCCUGUUAGUAUCAACCGGGACUUGCUUCAUUUGGUUCUUGCCGUCUCGUAUGCCGAUGAACCAGAUCAAAUAAUUUCCAGUAAUGUUGCCGGAUUCAUCUAUGUCACAGACGUUGACAUGCAUAGGAAAAAGAUAACAUAUCUUGCACCAUGUGCUGGGGAACUUCCGAGCAAAUACCUAAUCGUGGGAACCUUAACAUGGAUUGAAAACUGAAUUAUACAAAUGCAGUAGCCAGUGGUUUUUUUCGGCCUCUGAAUUAUACUAAGCUUUUGGUAAUGUAGAAAUGCAAUAGGCUUUUCUGUGAUGACUGUAUAAUACUACGACUGUACCAUAGGUGUGAGGCUUUAUGGCGAAAAUUCGAAUGUACAAAUAACACUAGCCCCUUCAAUCUUUUUUAUCGGCAAAUGAUAAGUUAAAUGGUCUUUUUGCUUCACUGA